AAGAGGUCAGCGUCAUUUCAAACCAUGUAAGCCUAUGUAUAAGUGAUACUAGUAAACUUGCUUCUCAAGGCUUUUGAAUCACAUUUUAUGUCGAAUGAUGGGUUGAAGCUAAAAGGGCAAAAACAACUUAAAAUGGCGCAGCGAGGUCCACAAAGAAAUGGUCUUAGUCAUGGAGAGAAUAUUGCAGACCUUGUCGAGGAUUUAAUGCUUCUCCGUGUGGAUACUAAAGAUUAUGGGGAGACAAAGGAAGACAUGGCAAAGUGUCGAGACUUAAGGAUCAAACAAUUGAAAAAAAGUAAUGGAACUUUACUGGAGGUAUGCUACCUUUUUCUAUGUUCAUAAACCGUUCGCUUCGCCUUGAAAACUUAGUUUUUAUUUCGUUCCUUGGGGAUGGUCAGGAUUAGUUAAUGAUCCACGAUCACUCGGAUCAUAGUGAAUCAUGCAAAGGUGCCGAUUAAUCCUUGUCCAAAUGGGGUUCUGCAGUCCUUUAAUAGGAAGCUUGAGCAUUGCGUCGACGGCGACGGCAGCGAAAACGUCACUUUCAAAAUGAACUCUGGAGUUUUCUGAAAAUGUCGAAUGUGGGCGAAUUGCCUUGGAGUUGAAAGAGAGAACUAUGCACCGAAAGUCGAAGCGUAGAAGGACGCGAUGGCAACGAAAACGUCGCUCAAAAAGUUAACUUGGGUUCUUGCAGUCUUGCUUGCGAUUAUUCCUUUCCAAUUACUUCGUCAAAAUGUAGGCGAACCCUCCUGCAAUUGAAUUCCCGGGGACAAAAUCCAAGUUCAGAAAGAGAAACACAAUUUCGUCGUCACUUGUUUACGUCCUCCAUAAAGCGUAAAAUUGGGCAAUUUUACCUCGUAGUCCUGCAUAAACGGCAUAUUAACGUACAAAAAACUAAUUAAAACCUGUUGUUUUUUUACGUUCUCAUUGCCGUCGCGUCGUUGAUCUUUAAGUCUCUAAGUAAUGCUUUGUGGUAUUGUCGUACGUUGAAACACGUAACCGAACAUCGCCCCCUUUUCCUUAGUACCUUCAGAAAUAGUGUUUUAGACAAUGAUCAUAUCGCAUGUUGUAUAUCUCUGUGUACCUAAGUUACAAUGCCCCUGCUCGAGCUUGACAAAUGGAGAACGGCUUUUAAACAUUUCUAGAGGAAGACAAAUGUAUAGACGAUGUUGUGAGAAAAUGUAAAGAUGCAAGAACCUGGGAUCAUUAUUUUGCAUUUUUCUUGGGUCUACUUUCAUAACGAAGAAAUUCUUCCAAAAAUGCGUUCCCUGUGCUUCUGAUUUAGCGUGAAAGGAGGUAAUAACCAAGGUAAGGAGAACCAGGAAGUAAUGUGGUAAUGAUAAGGAAGUGAAUGAAUUUCGUCGACCCUCUUACACAUGAGUGUCGGUCCAGUGUUUUCACAAGGAACAAAUUCUUCCAUAACCCACUCCACGUGCUCCGGAUUUAGGGCGAAAGGCAGUACAGUGAAACCUUCAGUUAAGCGGACACCAUUGGGACCUUCCCCAGUGUCCGCUUAACAGAAGGUGUCCGCUUUCAAAACAGAGGUUUGUGAAAGUUGCGCAAUGUUAGUUAACGAUUUUAACAUUCAACGGUUACUCAGUACUGUUUGUUAUAGAGGGAAAUAUAAGGCGUUAAUUUCGGGACCCGUCUUAGGCUCCGCUAAAUAGAGUGUGUCCACUUAAUAGGGGGUAUGCUUAUUAAUAGAGGCAUAGUCUCUCCAAUGUAAUAACCAAAUUCAGAACUAGAAGGUCAUGAUGAAUGAUCAGUAGGCUGAUUUAGCAACAGAACGGGAACGUCAUUUGACGACGGCGCGCGCAAAUCAAACAACUGGCUUGACCAAUGGCAGAGCGACAAAUUGAGCACCGGAAGUAGAGUUCAGUUGUUUUCGCGUCAAAUUACGUUCCCGUUCUGUUGCUAAAUCAGCCUGGUAUGUCACGCAACGUUUUGAACUUUUGUUUAAGAGAUAAAUACUCGUGUAUGUUAUUUUCGUUUACGGACACAUAGUGUGGGUCCAGAGGUCGUCUGUUGUGAGAGACUGAGACUGUAUCUUCUCUCUUUUGCGUACCCAGAGGUACAAUCUCUUGGGGAAAUGUUAAUGCCAUUCAUUACCUUAUUUUUUCUUAUAGGGUUACGACAAGAUCGUGAAAGACCUUAAGCAAACUCAUAAGCGACGGCAUAUUUUAGAGGACUAUUGUUCGGAAAUAAAAAAAAUUCUUUCUGGUACGCAAGGAAUCUCCCUGCAAGAAGAGGCCGACUUUGUGAGCAGAGCUGAGAAAUGCAACAAGGAUCUCGAAAACAAGAAAUUCACCGUUCUCGUAGCUGGUAAGCUUUCACAGAUUUAAGGGUAUUAUUUUCCCACAUGUUUAGUCACGGCUUUGAAGACUAUCCCCUUUAUAACAUUCUAUAAAUCACAGCGAAUUUAUACUAUAUUUCGUUCAUAAACCACUUACUUUGACAGAGCUCUAACCUCAAAAUCAAUUGCGCAUGCCCAGCCCAAACGACUAACUGGAGAGCAAAAAAGUAUGCUCAUAUAUGCGCACCACUCCAGUUUUAAAGAAUUUACACUGGCUUCCAGGAAAAGAAAAAAUUACUUUUAAAAUUCUCUUAGUCACGUACAAAGUCUUUCAUGCCUUUGCUCCAACCUAUUUAACUGAGCUGCCAUUUAACUACACACCUCAUCGUCUACUACGGUCAAAUCGCACUAGCUGAAAUCUGCCGUCUAUUCCAAAAACUAAAACGGGUUACCUAUGGCGACAGAUCCUUCUCAGUAAUUGCACCGAAGCUCUGGAAUGGCUUGCCCAUUAUCAGCCCAGAGCUCUUUCCACUUUUGGAAAUGUUUUGAUCCGCGACGAAAACAAACCAUUACCCAAUCACGGUGCGUAUUUGGACCCAUGUGAUGCAAGGCUUGUUUUCAUGAAGUUAUGUAUUGACAGUCAAGAGUCAAGAGAAGUGAAGCGCAGCAAUCGCGAUGAAAAAAAAAUCAGAUAUGAAAAAAAGUCAUGAACCAUUUUAUUACUCGUUGGGAUGAACCAUUUGCAGGAAAAGAGAAACGUGUUGUGUGCAUGGACUAAAUAGCGAUAGAGUGGGCCGAUUUUCGGAGCUUCUCAUGAUCUGUACUGUCCACGCGGAGUUAUUUCACCCUGGCCCCGGUAGCCAGGAAAAAUAUCGUGGUUCAGUUAAGGAAAGCGAAAUUAGUGAUAACAGCAGUCUAAUCAUGUUUUUUACUGAUCAGGAUAAACAGUUUAGGGUUUCGGUUGCGGAGAAGCCGAUUUACUCUGAGCCAAGCGUGUCCACAACAAAAAUAUCAUGCACUUAUUCCGAUCCAGGCAUUUGGGAGAAAUCUAAGAAAAAUAAAAAUCUUUAUUUAAAGGUCAUUUAGACGCAGUAAAAAGCUAUAACCCUUUAUAUUGUAAAACACGUCAAAGAAAGGUUAAACUCCUGCAUCAGAGGUCAAAUCCUGUCAGAUGCGUGUAAAAAAAAAACACAGAAAAUCAAUAAGCGUGAACCUCUCAAUGUAAAGCGUUUGGCAAAAAUUAUUGUAAAAUGUCAAAUUAAUUUUAAGAAUCCACAACAGCUUAAUGGGCCAUUUCCGAGUUCCCCAGGGCCUCUGUUUCAAAACGAGGGUAGGUGGUGCUCAGCCUUUGAUAUGGAAAUCAUUUUUCAUUCUCAUGCAAAUAAAACUCACUUUCACAAGAAAGGUUGUGUACCUAGCCUCAUUUUGAAAGUGAAGGUUUUUUGAACUCGGAAGUGGCCUAUUUACUUGCAUGAAAGUAAAAAAUUGAACAAAUGACAUUUUCAUACGUGGUGCAGGCGUACCGGCCGAUACCUUCGGGGUUUUCACCGCAGUAACUAAAUUAACCCCAGGUAUAACAUGUGAAAAGGUCAAUAACAAGAAACCCAUAUGGACAUCCCUGUUACGUUAUCAGUUGAAGUGUAGUGCCUAUUCGGUGGACAGUUGGAUAAAACAGUAAAAAUAGCGCUUGAUACCGUCCAAAAUAUAGGAUAUGUACCCUCUACCUUCUUGUUGCUCUGCACGCAGAAGGCAGUCCGUUUUGCUACAAACGAUUGCUUCGCAAAAAUAUCCAGCGACCCGUCUACCAGAAGAGCGGACCCAUCUCCUCAGUUCACAUGAAAAAGCUAGAAUAUCUCGAGAAUGUUCAGAGGAUUUUUUGAAGACCUGAAAAAAUUUUUCACGAGAGAUAUUCCAAAGUGAAGAUUUUAAUAACAAGCAAAAUUGCCCGAAAAUUGACACGUACAUCAAAAAAAAAAUCUCACUUUCUCUAACAUUUCAAAUCCAUUCUUCAUCACCUCAUGCACAAGCCUUCUACCGUUUCUUCUUCGUUGUUGUGUCACAAAAAGGCGGGUAGAGACUGCUGGAAAAACCGCUCGAUGAUAUUUCUAACCAGCCGUGCUGUGACGUCACGCUAUUGCUUCGAACCCUAAGCUCUGGACUGAUUAUAAUCAAACAGUUCUCCACAGUUGACUCUUUUACAGAGCGACUACACGAACCGUAACCUGAGAUCAGAAAACAGAUUAGGCCCGUUUCAAACGUCGUGCUACUGCCGUGCCGAACUCAAUUGAUCGAAUUAAAUUAGACUCUAGCACGGCAAGCCUUGCCUGCUGGAAAAACGCGAAACACAAGAGAUUUCCACGCCAAUUCGAAUCUGCUCGAUGAUAUUUCUAACCAGCCAUGCUGUGACGUCACGCUAUUGCUUCGAACCCUAAGCUCUGGACUGAUUAUAAUCAGACAGUUCUCCACAGCUGACUCUUUUACAGAGCGACUACACGAACCGUAACCUGAGAUCAGAAAACAGAUUAGGCCCGCUUCAAACGUCGUGCUACAACCGUGCCGAACUCAAUUGAUCGAAUUAAAUUAGACUUUAGCACGGCAGUAGCGCGACGUUUGAAACCAAGUCGCGCUACUGCCGUGUAGCACGGCAAGCCUUGCCGUGCCUACUCGGCAGUAGCUCGACUUGCUUUCAAACGUCGUGCUACCGCCGUGCCGAACUCAAUUCAUAAAUUAUAAAUACAUUAGAAUAUAUUUAAAAGUUUGCUAAACCGUUUCUUUAUUUUUGCGUUUUGUUUUCGUCAACAGCCGUUCUAUUCGACUGAAUUAAAUUCGACGUCUGAAACCAAAGUCGUGCUAGUGUCGUGCUGCAGUCGAGCUACAGUCGGGCCAGCUUAGCACGGCCGUAGCACGACGUUUGAAACAGGCCUUACAGAGAAAAAGGGAGAGGGUAUGAUCGCAAGCUACACGAACCCGAGGCCAACCAGACAAAAUUUUGAGACAAAUUUUGAAAUUAGCCAAUCACAAGUCACGACUUAAACAAUGAAAUUGCGCAUAAUUGUACUGAGAGCCAGUUCAAAGUACGUUGCGAACCAUUUUUCUAAAGGUUGGUUUCCACUGACACAUUUUUGGCUACGCAAGUCAACGCACGUAAAUUUUAAUCACGUAAAUAAAAUAGAAGCAAGAUAAAAACUGCGGAGCUUAAACGAGAAGUUGAGCGAGGUUCAACUUUUACGCUUACGAGCGACUUUUCAUGCCUUGCCUCUAUUUUAUUUGUGAACGUAAAAUUUUACGCACGUACGCGACAGUGGAAAUCAACCCUAAAGGAUAUAAAAAAAUAUUAAAGGAAUCGUGACGUUUUUGUAAAUCAAGCUGAAAAUGUUUUGAAAACGUCGGGGUUUGCCGGAAUCAAAGAAAUAUUGAGCAAUCCGAACUGAAGGCGACGGCUGCUCAUUUCACGGCAAACGGCGCUCAGCGAGUCGCAGUGUCGGUGAUUUGAGAACGCUAUCAACAAAGAUAUGGGGCUGGUUACAUGUAAUGCAAAUUACAAAACAACGCACUCGCCCAGCUUGUCCCGCAAAACAAAACUAAGAAUGACUCUAGACUGCUCAAGAAUAGCGAAGACCGGCGAAGAAAAUCGCCAUGGUUAGUGGAAUUUUUGUCGAGGGAAGGAGACAGACAUUGCUUUAUUCUUACAAGUGACAAGAACAAGAAAGGUCAGAAACAAUCUUCGAAGCAAACAAGUCGAUGAUCACCCCAAAGUAGACGAUCAUGAGCAACGAAUCUAAUGAAACACAGAAACAAACAAAACGGAUCGAAAUCCACCAAUCACAAACCAUGACCUGAACUCGUUCAAGUCACAUGUGUUUCCUAGGAGGUCCGCUAAGAUGAUUGAUGGAACAGAAAAACCCAAAAAUCCUUCGUAUAAUAAUAAGAUGAUAUACAGAUUUAGCCAGGGCUAAAAGCGAAGCUCUCGAUAAUGUUUAUAGUUUGUUCAAAGAAAAUAUAAAAUCGUGUAAUGCUAAGCGGCGAAGGCAACGCCGGAGAAUGGUGAAAAACAACAAUAGGUCUAAUAGCAAAAAAAGCAACUUUGCACGUGCAGCACACUUUUUUCGGACAUUUCUUUGCCGUUGUUUUGCACGACUACAACGUGAAACUUCCAGAAACAUCUUAGGGCCUGUUUACAUGGAGUGGGGGACCCCGGUCUAGUGGGGUAAGUUUCUUUUGUUUUCACUCUCUGGGGGACACAAAACAAAACAAACUUACCCCACUAGACCGGGAGUCCCCCACUCCAUGUAAACAGGGUCUUAGUUACACGUUUUAUGGAGGAAAUGUCGUAUGUGUUCUCGUUCACUUUUUUUUCACUGCCGCUCAUUUUCACCUUGCAUUGGUGGCCGCAUAUCCUAUUUGGUCGCCGCCGCUACAAAAUUUUCAUGCUGUUCUGCCAACAAAAAAAUUUCUCCUUUGUUUCUUAUCUCUCGCUCUAGACCUCGGUCGCCCUUCUUCUCGUUGAGCGUCGCUGGCCUGCCACCUACUUUCUCUUUAUCUCUGUCUUUCUCCUGCGCUAUAUUCCAAAUUUGUGGACAUGACAAUUAAUCUAAGCUAAAGAUUUUAGACAACACGGAUACAGAAACAAUUUCCGCUUUCCGUUUUCGUCUUUAUUGACUGUUUAGUUGUCUCUGCUUUACAAGACGCUGGUGGCUAUGCGAUUUCCCGCCAAAAUAACCUCGAGUUGCAUUUGGGUUAUUGAUGGAGUUAUUUUACAUUGGUAUGCCUGUGGUGCGGACGGACGGUCGGUCGGUGUACGGUCACGUGAUUACCAAAUUUUCUCGAUGGGUAGAUUGCUUCAUUUUCUUACCCUUGGUGCUCCGCUGCAACCUCGUCCCCAGGGCUUUUCCCUUAAAAAAUGGGUGGGACCGACCCAUUUUUUAAGGGAAAAGCCCUGGGGACGAGGUUGGCUCCGCUGGCGCACUUCGCGCGCGAGAGCUUCGCUAAAAACGAUCUUCGGUGAGCGGCCGUCUACUUUAGUUCAGAUUGUUUAAAAUUUCUUUACUGCUGGCUUUGAUUCCGGCCAACCCAUACGUUGUCAAACAUUUUUCAGCUUGAUUUACCAAAACGUUAUGAUUCCUUAUAUAUGUUACUGUAUAUCCUGUAGAAAAAUGGUUCGCAACGUAUUUUGAACUGGCUAGCGCUCUGAAUACAAAAUUAUGCGCAAUUUCUUUGUUUAGAUCUCGACAUGUGAUUGGCUAACUUCAAAAUGUGUCUCGUCUUUUGUCUGGGUUGCCUCGGUUCGUGUGGUCGCACUGUAAAUCGAGAUUAAACACGUUUAUUUUUAACCAUGUUUAUAGUUAGAUUAGGUAAGUAACUUAUUGUAAAAGAGCAAUGAGACUUCCAUGCGUUGUACAAUGCGUUUUUAAGCACCUUGUUAUUAUUAUUUUGAUGAUGAUGAUAAUGAUGAUGAUGAUGAUGAUGGUGAUAAGACCACAACACUUACUGAAGUAAAGUGACUCAACUUUAUCUUAAACAGGGGAGACCAGCGCAGGAAAAAGCAGCCUGAUAAACCUGUUACUAAAUGAACAAGUUCUUCCGACUGGCGUCCUACAGAAUACUCUGACUAUCUGUGAAAUAUCUUAUGGAGCCAAGCAGGAAGCAGUUCUACAUUUUGGAAAUGAAGAAAAAACAUCCCGUACGCUAGGGGAUAUCAAGUCUGACACCUUAAAGCAAUUCAUCGAAAAACAGACGAAUGAUGAAGACUGGUGUAAAAAAAUUGAAAUCAAGACACCUAAUUCACUGUUGAAGGUAAUUUAAAAGAUAAUAGUCAAUCAUUAUGGAUUUAAAAUCUUUCUGUACGUACGUUUUUGGUGGCUUUGGUAUUUUUACGAGGGAUAGGUGGUAUGGCUUUUGCAACUUCAUGAGACAUAGAUGUACAUAACUGUUUAUUUUCUUUUUCUCAUUCGGACACAUUUUUGCCGUUACCGAGAGCUCGGGCUUAUGUGCAGAUUACCUCACUUCUUGAGUUGCUUCAGUGUUUUACUUGGGAAUUGAGCAUCUUCUGCUAUGGCUCAUCAGUUCUUCAGUCUCGUCUACAUCAUCACCGACUGUAGAUAGAAGCUGAAGAGCGGUUUUCCAUUUUGUCUUCUGUGGUUUUUUCUGACUGUCAGUGCCAGUUGGAUGUUUCUUUUAUCCCGUCGCCUAUCUAUACCUACACUGACUUUUCUUCCACACGUGACGUGUCCUAGCUUACUGGAUUUACUAAGAUGAUUCUAGUGAGCCUCACGUCCUUAAAGGGUAGUAAUGGACAGCCAGCAGAUCAAGGAGAUAGCCAUAAUAACAUCGACUUCAUUGAUACGGGCAAGGUAGUCUAUCCUAGAUCCGACAUGAACCUGAGCGCUAAAGACUACGAGGAAAAGAUCUCCUGGUGUGCUGUCACUUUCAGCUUAUAGUUGUGUAUAUAACAUGGUCAUGGUCUUCUAAAUCUCUAGCCUCCCACGCAAAAGUUAUUAGGGGUUCGUCACGCGUUCCUGUCCCACUGGUGGGGCGGGAACGCUGGACGAACCCCUAAGAACGUCUGCGUGGGGGGAUCUUUCAUUCUCUUGCAGGGAGGUGUGGUCAUUGUAGACAGUCCGGGCAUUGGCGAUUCGAAGCAAGUCUAUAAAAUUGCCUUGGAAUAUUUGCCACAAGCUUUGGCCUUUAUCUAUGUAAUCAACAGUCCGAAUGCCGGAGGAAUGCAAGACGAUAGGGUAAGUUGAACAUAGCAGCCAUUUCAUAGUGACAUGCGCUUAAUUCAGGUUCGUUUUAAGAACCUUAGUAAGGAACGUUUUGGAGUCCCUUACUCUUACGUCAGCUUUAUUAAGAGUCUUAUAUUAGCUGGUUCAUUGUCGUUGACCAUACCUGCGUUUCAUUUGCAUUUCAACGAACUUUGGUUACUUUCCAAUAAACGGGAAAAUUCCCAGAUGCACCGAUGGGAAGCUUCCCGUGUAUAUUUGGACCAACAUUUCAAAAACUUAGGAAUACAUGCAUUUUAGGAAAACGAGUCACUGAACAAACGGAGCGACAAGGUAGUGUUUUCCAACUUUUUAAAGUUUGCGUAAAACCUUAAAAGCUUUCUCGCAAACUAAGACAGAUGACCUUGCCGAAACAAGGUAAUCUUUCAGUGUUCUGUCUUACCCCACCAUUGAUAGACCGUAACCCAAUAGAUACAAUGAUUUUGGUUAUUUUUUUUAGCUUAUGCGUAUUGUGAAUGAAUGGAAAAAACUCUAUGGUGGGGACAAAUGCAAUGGCCUCACUUCUGAGUCUGCUUUGUUCGUGUGCAACAAGUGGGACGACGUCGAAAGGCAAACAAAGACCAAUCCCUCAGACAAAGAAAAAAUUCAUGAUGAAAUUAUCUGCAAACUUAAAAAGGAAAUCCCCACCCUAAAUGAGGAAUUCCAGGUCAUUGAAAUGUCGGUGUUCACUGCAGCUCAAAUCCAGCAGAAGUUUGGUGUGAUGAGUGAUGGUUUUAGCAGUCUAAUAAAUGGACUACGACGCCUUCUUCCUAUUUGUCUCGAGAAGAAAACUGAUCACUUCUACAGGUAACUUGACCACCUGAGGAGAGUGCUUUUAAAUACGAAAGCUCCUUUGUCACUACUGCUACAGUAGUUUCCAUGCAACAUCAUCGUACGGAAAAAUCAGAACUUGCAAAGUCUUCUGGGUUCAUUAUCUUUCAGGGAUAGGAUCCCCGAAUAUUAUGCUCUUGAAUAUUAUCUAUUUAUCAGUCACACGUCAAGGAAAGUGCGUCCGAAGACCCGGGGGGGGGGGUCACUUGGGUUAAUUUUUGCCGGGUAUGUGCAGCUGGCCUCUCAGAGCCCCUACCCCAUUAUAGUCUAUUCUGUGGCCAAUUAUAGACUUCAUCUUAGUCACUUUUAAGCAAGUACGUAAUUUUCGCGAUCCCAACUUAGUCACUUUCUAUUUUUAUGAAUUGACCCGUUUUUUAGAUUGAAUAAAGAACACUUUUCUUUUCAUCUGCAGUACAAACAUUCUGGUACGUUUGCUAACAAAAAAUAUGAAUGAAGAACUGUCUGUCUUGCGACCCCAUUUCCAGUAACUCUAUUGAAAAGGAGACCCCAUUACAGUCAAUCCAGUCGUGAAAAUGCGACCCCAUCCAGCGGCACAUCCCCAUUAGCCUCCUAUAAUGAAGACCUACACUCGUCUUAUAUUAUAUAGCUGUCAAGUGGAAAAAAAAACAAAAAAAGAUGAUUUAUGCUUUGAUAUGUUUCCUGAACGAUCCAUGUUUUGGGAGAUAUACAUUUUCUGCAGAAAGCUGGCUAUAAUAUUGUGGCAAUAAGCUGAAGGUACCGACCGCACAGACCGGCAAAGUCGUUUAAAACAGUUUUUCACCACAGUGCAUGGAACCCGCUUUAUACGGUCACCAAGGGGACAUGCCAUGCUAUGCCUAUACCAUAGUAACAGCCGUCCGUAUACCAUGCCCCCCGGGCCUACCCAAGGGAUUUGCCUUUUUUUUCUUUCCUGGUGGUCUAUUCCCACCCCCGGGCACGCAGAAGGAGACAAUUUCCCAUCCCGGGCUCCCGAUCGGCCUCAUUUACGUUUUUUAAGGUACAUCUUUUGAAGAGCAAAAGUGAUUUCCGUACAGUAGCAAAAGGAGACUUUUUCAGAACUUUUAUAAACGUUUUCUAGAGUUUAUUGAGGAAAGGAUAAUACCCUUCUAUUCGUAUUCAUACACAGUCUAUUUAAGUUGUUUCAGACAACUUAAAUAGACGAUAUGUUUCUUUGUUACUUUUGCAAAAAAAAUCCAUUCGAGUACGCACAAUACGCACAUUCAUUUGAAAUUGUAAAACGUGCCUUCAAAUACAGACUUAAAAUUUUGAUGGGCUAUUGCUCUCCAACCGCUCUCCAACAAAUUUCGUUACCUUUUUAAGCGGACAUAUUCUCUCACUGAACCCUUGUUAUAUUAGUGUCUAUUACAGAAAAUAUUGGAGGAUGUAUGGUAGACUUACAGAUUCAUGUCCGAUUAACAGACUCAACAUCGGGUCCAUUUUACUAGGAGAUUUCACCGUAUUUUAAGAAGGAGCUAACUAGUUUUUUUUUCUCUCUCGCUUAAUUUACUAGAAUGAUAAGUGGCUGUCUCAAGUCAUUAUCGGAUCAGGUGAAAGCUGAAGUUAACGAAGCAAAACGAGAUCGAGAAGAUCGCCUCAAAGCUAAAAAAGACGUUGAAGUAAAGCUGGAUAAACUCAGACAAGGAUCUUUCAUAAAGGAAACUGAAGAAGCACUCUCCAAGCACUUGAGUAAUAUUUCUCAGCAAGUCAAAUCCUAUUUGCUACGGGACGAAGUAAGUAGCGCUUUUUGUACAUGGGAAGAAAAGGAUCUGCCAGAAAUCGACGACAACGUACGGGGGAAUGUAGAAAAACUGAAAAAGAUUUACAUCCAGUGUGUUGAGCAAAGGUUGGAAAAAUUUCUCCAGACUCUGGAAAAGGAGGAACAAUUAUUCGUUAAGGCUCGCGCUGACCUUGAGGAGAGGUUUCGUCGAGGAUUCUUCGAAUUUGAAAAAGACGUACGAGACAUCGAUCAGGUCCUUGUUGGCGAAUCCGCGGACGAAGUAUUAUUGCAAUUUGAAGUCGGUCCUGAUAAAUUGCGUCCUCCCCUGGAUGCAAGAGUCAAGAAAUUCCUCUUCCUGACCAGCGUCGUUUUCAUGCCAGUUCUGUUCCCCAUUGGUUUGGCUGUAGGUGUUUUAUCUGCGCCGGUAAUUGGGUAUUUGGCUGUCGACAAAAUCCGGAACGAAAGACAUUUGAGGAGCAAUUCCUGCGAAGUCCUGACAGAUCUAUCCAAACAGUUCCUUCAGGAAAACAUUGAGAACGGAAUUUCCAAUCUAGUUUCGCUAGAAUUCGCGGAUGAGAAGAAACGCAUAUUUAGUAUCAAUAGUUGCUAUCAGAAGCUGGUUGAAAAAUAUGAGAGGAAAUGCAAGGAUCUCACCAAAAGCGAAAAUGAAGAAACACGAAAAGGAACUGUCGAGAAACUUAGUCCUUUGUACGCAAAGCUUGAGGAAAUAAGUCAAGACCUAACCAUUGACGCCAUUCAACAUGGCAUAAGUGUGAUGUCCCCUUCCUACGCAAUCGACAGAAGGAAUCUUCAAUACAACGAGAGACCAAGAAAUAAACUUGGAAAAGGUACUUAUGGCGAGGUUUACAAGGGAAAGCUAAGUCUUCCGGGGCAUAAAAGAAGAGAAGUAGCUGUCAAAAAGCUAAACGACACUCCUCAGGCGUCAAACGUUUCUUCCUUCCUAGAAGAAGCAGAUAUACUAAUGUAAGUGAGUUUCUUCAGUUGAAAACCUUCUUCGUACCCGAAUCAACAUGCCUGUGCAACAAAGCAUUAGGGGUGGCGAAUGGUAAAAUCCGAGACUCGCCGAGACGCCGAGAUCCUAGUUAGAAAAUCCGAGCCCGAGACUCUUUGGUAAAAAGUUUUGAGACUCAUAAAAAGUAAAAACAAACCAUGCAGAAACGAUACUUCGAGACUUAUCAAAAACGCUUCCGAGAUUUCGAGAUCCUGCCAAAAUUUUCCGAGACCCACGUUUUUCGAGGUACCAUUCGCCACCCCUAGCAUUAGCAGGCGUUACGAAAAGGCUAGAAUGGAGAAAUGGCAAUCGAGGCUGUCCUUCGUGUUCUCAAACGCCAACAUUCCUACCUUUUUGACUGCCAGCCACCUAAUGUUCGAUUUUGUUUUAAGACUUAAAAUAGAACUAAGCUUUCUGGGGAGAAUGGCAAGUUCGUUCCUUGUAAAAGUAGUUUCUGCACCACGUAAGAAUUAUCAAGUGUGACUAUUGGGUUGCUUCUAAAACAAGUUUGAUAAAUGAUCACAUUUACCUUUUAUUAAGUUUACCUCGAAGUUAAGGGAGAUAAAAAUAUAAUUUUUUGCAGGCAACUAAAACACAACCAUAUAGUGGCGUUCUAUGGAGUAGUUAUGGAUGUCCACAACGACCAGCUAAGUUUCUUGGCCCUCGUCUUCGAGUUGUGCAAUGCAAGUCUCAAGAAUCACAUCUUCAAAGACAAGAAAAAUGUACCGUGGGAGACAAAGAGCGCAGCAGUUAACACAUGCCAAUGGGGCAGUGACAUUUUAGAUGCCCUGAAAUUCAUUCACAGCAAGAAAAUCGUUCAUCGGGAUCUCAAGCUUGAUAAUGUCUUAGUAAGCCAUUUCAGUUACUUCUUCCUUAUAAGGUCAAACCGUGGACGCAAUCACCGACUGGCCUUCCAGUGUACAGUGCUCCUUUUUUACACUGAAACCGUGUUGUAGAGCUGACCUCAAUACGGUCAUAAUAAUAAGCGGUUUCACGAAAACGGGUAUCGCUUCCCUCUCCUCCCUCCAUGUUGAAUUGGUUUCAAGGGUUUGCUUGGGCGGGAAGUGUUUCAACAAUAAAUUAUAACUGCCAAUGUAGGUAGUUUUUUUUUACUGAAUCUUUAUGUCAAAGAUGUCGUUUAAAAUGCUGCUAGUGAAAUAGACCUUGUGCUCGUUUUGUUCAGUGAGUUGCUUUUACCUAGUUUGUGGCGCAAUAUUGUAAAUUGUAGUGGAGUCCUACACGGAGUGCACUCAGCGGCACCGGCGAGCUACAAGGGAAAGUUUACCAGGCCUGAAUCUACCACCCAAAGUCAUGUUCGAUCGGGGGUCAAUUUUUCCAUCAAACUGCAAUGAGAGCCACUAACAUUUAUCCAUUUCAAUUUGCAUAAAAAUUAUUUUUGCCUGAUUGUUGCUUAACGCUCACUUAUAGAUAACCAAAGACGAGCAAAUCAAAGUGGCAGACUUGGGGCUGGCCACCAUUAAAAACCAGAUCACAGGAACAUACUGUGGCACACCACUGUACAUGGCUCCAGAGAUAAGCCCCGAAAAGAAAAUCUACGACACCAAGGUGGACAUGUACAGCUUCGGAUUGAUGAUGUGGGAAAUGUGGUUUGGUGAAAGAUUUCCUUAUGAAUGGAUCUCCAGGAGUCAAGACGAGGUUACCCGACAAAUAGAGGUGAAGAAACAAGAACUCAAAGGCAGACGCUACUCUCCUCCUGCAAAAUGGAUCGAGUUGAUGGUGUCCCUUUGGGAGUCUGAUCCAUGUGUGAGGAAAACCGCGAUGGAAAGUCAAGUCUUGAUAAAGGAAAUUAAAUUGUUCGUGAAGGAGUCCGAGUGAUUUAAAACUGAUAAAAGAAUCCUCGUCAAUGUUUACUUUUUAAUGUUCACAUUGCCGGUCGUGAAGACCAUUUUUCUCUCUUUUUGAUGCCAUAUACAUCUAGGUUGAGGUCAAAUGCAGCAAUACUUACUGCAGAUACACGGGAUCUUUUUAAUCGAUUUCCUAGUAGAAUUGGCCAAUUGAAAUUGUAAUGUCUAUAAAUCUCUACGAGCAUUGGGGGUGUAGCGGGGCAGGGAAUGCAGCAGAACGUUUUUAAUGCGCUCCUUUCAAAUGGUUUUUUAAGACAUUUUCUCGACUUUUUCAGCCACGGUACACUAUAAAUGGCAUUUUUUAGCUUGAAUGAAGUUUUGAUUUGUGAUUGUUAAAGUGAAAAACGUCUCUUAGAAGGUGAAAAUAUUCUCAUUCAGCAGGCUUUGUGGUUGUCACACGUUGUACAUUCUGCUAGCAUUAUUCGAGCAUUUUAGGGGGAUUUUCAUGGAAAAUCAUUUUUCACAGAAAAAUAAAAAUAAAUAAAAACAUUUUUUAUGAGAAAAUGAAAACUUAGGUUUAACCCUAAUACAGUG